GUGGGAACUAUAUGUGUCUCUUCCCCCACACUCGCGUUGGUCGCUGGUCGUACUUGCACAGUCUAACCUUCUAAGAACAGCUGCAUGACCCAAACAUGAACGAACAAGAGGCAGAGCUGCAGAACCCGUUUCCUUCGCCGCCGUCAAACUAUACGAACUAUGCUACCAGCAGUAUUGGACCACAGUCACUGGAUCGCCAAGAUAAACCAAGGGUAGAUUUGAUAUUGCAAGAAGGCCACUACAAUGUUUUCGGCGAUACCUGGUUUGUAAAGGAAACUAUUCCCACAUUAGCGGAACUGGGUGGGCAUCAGCUAUACCCAGCUGACCCCGGGUUUGAUCGACGUCCAGCCUUGCUAGCUAUCCUACGCUCCUUCCUUGUUUCUUACUCCACACUCACCAGCUCUCUGCUUGUUCCGCCUGCCUCUCUUUCUUCCACUGCUCCUGCGGAAUGGCAACAACAUGUAGACUGGGUGACUAUUCUUUCUCAGAAUAUACUGGCGGCAGCAAAUGACCUCAGACCUGUGCAAGCUAGAGGGCAUCUAGAACAUAUAAUGAAGCAGCAGUUAGAUUUGAGAAGAGGAGAGACCAACGCCAUUAACCUGAAAUGUGAUUCCCUGGAAACACAAUUGACGUGUUUACGUGGUUCGGCGAAGGAAGUCCACACUGAAUCUAUCUUCAAGAAUGCUGAUUUGCCCACUACCCGACAUGAACGGAGCGAGAAUGCCCUGUACCCGGCACGCCUUCUCAACGUCACAUUUGACAACAUGUUACAUUGGGCUGAAGAAUUAUAAAAGCACCGGUUGGCAGGCGAGAUAUAUUGAAAGAAAAAUGCUAAGUUUGUUGUGUAGUGGUUACAUCAGUGUCUUCGUCAAAUUUUGACAGAGCCAUAUAAAGGUCAUAUAUAGUAAAUAUUGAGUAUAAAGUUCACAAUAAUGAUAGGCUGGUUUGCAUGUCG